AUGGCAGCACCGUCGCCGGUUGCGCCGCCUUGCAGCACCACCGCCGCGGUCGGGCACGCCGCCUUGCAGCAACGCUAUUACCGGACGCGCAGCCUUGCAGCACCACUGCCGCCGGUCGCAGCGCCGCCUCCUGUCGCGCCGCUUUGCAGCACCGCCGCCGCCGAUCGCAGCAUCCGCCUUCCAGCAGCGCUGACGGCGGCUUGUAGCUCCCGUGUUGAUUGGUUGCAGCUCCGCCUCCGAGGCCUUGCAGCUCCUGCCCUUUGCAGCCUCAGCGCUGGGCCCUCGCAGCAAUCGACGAUGCUCCUUGCAGCUCCAGUGGCGGCGGCUUGCAGCUCCCGUGUUAACCGGUUGUAG